UGUGACAACGAUGCAAGAUAAUCCCGAGCAAGGUCUUAAAGAAUCUCUAGUAGAAAAUUCUAAUGCUCCAAUAAUUAGUGAUAACGAACAGAUCACAGAGUUGCAGAAUGUUUUAUCGAAUCCGCGACGUUUGGAUUCAGACGGACAGCAUGGUAAAGGUACCAAUAAAAAUAGUGGAAAGGAACCUAUCUCAGAUGUUUCUUCAGGGAGUCUAAGCAAAUUCAACAAUUCCGAUGGUGGUGAUAACCCAACUUUUCUUAAGGCAGUGGAAGUGCUCGACAAGUUUACCCGAACACGAUCACAAAAAUGUAAUUUCUCAUUCCCUAUACUACGUGGGAUCAAUGAUGGAAGCAAUGAAAAGACGGAAUUGAUUCCUAUUGUUGAAUUAGAAAAUCCCUCGGAAGAUCUCACAAAUUCUACAGAAAACUACUUGCGACAGCAUAUUAACCGUGUGUCACUCCCGAUCUAUCGGAAUUCAUUCUUCACCAAAGAAGCUUAUGAGAAAUACUCACAGUAUUCAUUACGCCGGGUUCAUGAAAUGUCCGUCGCUCACCAAAAGAUUAAUAAUAAUACGCCCAGUAAAAAAUCAGAUGACGUAAUAUGCAAAGGAACUUCCGGCGUCACCGAUAAAGAAAAUUCCAUUGCCGCUAGUGAAGAAAGUCCUAUAUUAGUCGAUAGAGAAAAUCCAAAUAUUAUCGAUAAGGAGAAUCCUAAGGUUGAUAAAGAAAACCUCAAUGUCAUGGAUAAAGAGAUUCAAAUUAUUAACGAAAAAUCACCAGAAAUUAUAUUCGAAAACUUAAUUUAUAGCGAUGACGGUUCGAUCUAUUAUCUGUCUGCUUCCUUUGUCCACGAGCAUGCUCUAAAAUCAUCAUUUUUUAUAUUAGAUGACCUGAUGAUGGACGAUCAGUCUGAUAGGGACGACGUGGUAGAAACUACGGUCCAAAGAAAAAAUUCUGAACCAAAGACUCAGGGUGUAGAAGUUUCAGUAUCAUCAAUUGUGGAACAAUCUCCUAAAUUGUUGACUCAAAGUCCAGGUGAUGGCGUACAGUCUACGGUGAAGGAAGCAAUAAUGGAGGAUACAUCUUCGGUGCAAUUAAAAACUUCCGCGGACAAGAAGAAAGAUGAAAAACUUCAAGGAACCGAAUCAAAGGAUUCAUAUGACAUUAUUGGACCAUACUUGCAAUUACUUGAAAAACACAAAAAACAAUCCGAGAAAUCUAAUUUAAAGCGCGAUUCUAAUAAUUCAGUCAAUUCCCGUAUUCCAAUUACCUCAACCCUCGCAGAUACGGCCUCUGUUCCAUCUGAUGCUUCAUAUAAUUCAUCAAUGACAUUAAUGCCUCAUUCCAAGAUGUCUCACGAACAACAUAUCAAUUUUCUUCGUCUCACUCUGCUCUCCGAGACCAAUCCAACUUUGUUGACAGAACCAGAUUGGAGUUUUAUUAAUGUUAUGAAGGAACGUUUUAAGGAAGAGAGAGAAGAGUACAUCCAAUGGUUGUAUAAUAGGUCACAAGAUCGUCUUGUUUAUUUAGAUUCUAAGAUUUCAAAUCAACUUGAGCGUUUUUACGAAGUUUUGUUCACUAUGGGACUUGCACUUCCACCACCAGGUCCGGACGAACCAGUUUUAAUAUUCAAUCAGACAAUUAAAAGAAUUGGAACAUGUUAUAAAUUUGGUUUACAAUUGCCGACACCUUCACAAAUACUUAAAAUACCUUUAGAAAGGGAUUAUAUGUUGUAUGGUACUAAUUCUUCCGACAACAAUCAUGUCGUUUCGGCUGACAGUAAUAAUAACGAUGUGAUGGAUGUGGAUGAUAAAGUGAACUCUAGUUCAUCCGAUGAUGUUAAAAUUCCAAAAAGAUAUUGGCAGAAAAUGAGUAUGCCGGUUGUUAGUAGAGACCCCUUAAUUUCCUCAAUGGUUACUCAGUACAAAGUGAAUGUAGUGAUGUCUUCAAGUAGUCUCUGUGCUCUUGUCGCCCUGCAAGCAUCUGCCGAUAUUGAAUUUGAAUUGCCUAUACGUGUAGUCGAGAGCAAAGAUGCUGACAAAAUACUUAAAACUGUUUACAUUGACAAACCGUUACCGAAAAGGAGUAUUACUCCCAGACAACGAAACCAGAUUUUCUAUGAUAUAGCCUUCGAGAGUGUGGCGUUUGAUUCAGGAAUUGACGUUAAUGAGGUUUUCAACAAUUCCGUGGGGAAUAACUUAGUUUUCAAGCCGCCCCUAGCACUUAAGAGGGUCGAUGACACUUCGAGAAUAGUAGGGCGUGUAAAGAUGAUGUUGGCGGAAUCACAACUUCAACUUCACAAGAAACUGCAGAAGUCUCGAAAAAACGACAAACACAUGGAUGAUGAAUCUCAAACGAAUGUUGGCGAUUCCGACAGACCAGUUAAUCCGAUGCGUCUAGAAAUGUUGUCUGAUGAUCAUCUUCGUUCUGGAAACUUAAUAUAUAAUUUAUGGAAUUUUGGUGAUAUGGUCAUUUUGAUACGAUGUAAAGCUCAUGCCUACAUCCAAGAAUCGAAUAAUGACAACAAGAAAGGAGAUCCACAUGCUUCUGUAUACAGAAGCGCAAACCCUUCGUCUCCGACUAAUCAAACCCAAUCUUCGACCGAACUUCAUGAUCGACCGUCUACAAUUCUGUCCGAAGUCACGACUCAUUUUUAUGAUCUUCACAGGGCUCAUUCACAAUCUCCCCUCUUGGAUUUGAAAACUAUUCCUUUUGUUCCGAUAAAAUGGUCCGGUCUUCAGAAUCAGGUUCCAUAUACUUUUCCCAUUCGACCGCCGGAAAAAAGAUUUGUUUAUUGUUUCGACUUUAUGAGAUUUGGAAAAUGUGAUAAGACAGAUUGUAUCUACCCUCACCUUACAAAAGAACAGUGUGAGCUUUCUGGAAUUAAGACCAAUCAUUGCUUUGCCUUUGUCGAUACAGGGAAAUGCGAGAACCGUAAUUGCCACUAUGCGCACAUACCAAAAGAUCAAAUAGAAGGCAUUAAAUCCACUGCGUCUUCAAAGAAACCAAAGAAGAAGAAGAGCAAAGCGAAAAAAGGUGAAACCUCUUUACAUGAAGGAUCAAUAAAUCCACUCGAUCUAGAUGACAAGAAUGUGGUCGAAAAUUUAGGAACGAGCUUGACGCCAGAUUUUGAAACAUUGCUAAGAAGAUUUGUGACAAUUUAUGUGGUGUUUGCCGGUUUGCCCGUGACAUAA